GUGCGAGGGAGGGCCGUCCGCCGCGGCAUCGCGCGGCCCCGCCGCACGCCUGGCGGGGCAGGCGCCCGCGGCGGCCGCGGGACUGGAGGCCUAUGGCCGAAGCCGCGAGAGCCGAUGGCGGCGCGGUGGACGCGGAGGGCCUCAUCAGCGAGGAGGAGGGGCUCGACGGGGGCGAGCGCGUGCCGUCUCCCGACGGCGCUGCCGCUGCGGCAGCCGAGCCCGAGCGGAUUGUGCCCGAGGAGGUGUGCCGGAGCACGGGGUGGAACGCGCAGGGCCAGGAGCAGUGCACCUUCUACUGGAUGGCGGUGCGGGUCGCGGAGCGGCUCCUGUUAAGCGACGACGCCUACUGGGACUGGUGGGCCUCGAACGCUGGAGCGCCAGGCGCGAUCAAGGCGUCGUUCCUGCUGCGCGUCUGCCGGGGCGUGCCUUGCGACGUCCAGCCCCCCCGUGCGUGCGAGGAGCUGGUCCACGUGACGGACGCUGUGCGCCUGGGCCGAGAGAAGGUCGAGGCUGCCUUCGACGAGUGCCACGCGAGCAAUCCAGAGGCGGUGUGGCCCGCGCAGCUCCUUUGGCCGCGCGGGAGCGGCGGCGGACGCCCCCCUGCUCUCCGCCGCGGCGAGCGCCCGGCGCUUGCGAGAGGGCCGCCUGCCGGACCCUUCGACGAGCUGUUGGAGGGCCACGCUCUCGCCGAGCUCGAGGCGGCGCCGUCGGGCCAGCCCGCGCUCCGCGAGGCCCUGCAGAGCAAGCUGCAGGCCGCGAGGGUGCGCUUCGCCGACGCAGCGGGCCCCGCGAGGGCAGGCGCGGCUGCUGCUGCGGGCCCAGGCGCCCCCGCCGCGGCUGCCGAGCCACCGAAGUGCGGUCUCGCGUACAUCUUGGCCGAGAGGGCUGGGAAGGCCGCGAAGGUGGCUGCGGCUGCUGGAGGCGAUGGGGCCGCGGCCGCCUCGCGCGGCGCCGAGGGCGGGGCGAGCGGCGGCGUGCAGCAGCUCGCCUCGGCGCUGAUGAUGGCCCUGAAGUCGAUGGCGGCGCAGGCGGCAGGCGGCGCCGAGUCCUCCGCUGGCGCAGAUCUGCUCUCGGGGGCGGACGGCGCCGACCUGCCGCGAGGGCUGGCAGCGAAGCGGGCGCACUGCAGGAAGCUCGCGACGGAGUGUCCGGGCAGGCUGUCGGGGCUCACCCUCGGCGAGAUGGCGUCGUUCCUGGGCGGCCUCGACGGGGAGACGUCGGUGGACCCGUCGUCGGCGAUCGCGCUGCGAUACCUCCUCACAGUCUACCUGCCGCAGAAUCCGGCGGCGCAGAUCGGCUCCGAGGCCUACCGCGAGAUGCGGACGCUGUCGGAGGCGAUCGACUGCCUGCUCCAGGGCAAGACGGCGCAGACCCUGGGCCUGCUGACCCAGCGACUGAAGACGCUCCAGACCGCUGUUGGCGACGGCCACUGGCACGCGGCGAAGUGGCUCGAGCUGAUCCCUGCCCGCGACCAGCCGACGACGCCCAGGAAAAAAGCGCGGGAGCAGCUCGGCCGCCUGUCCCCGCGGCCCGCGGCGGCGUCGGGCGCGGCCAAGGCUGGGCGGCCGCCGGGGCAGCGCGCGGCGCAGCUCGACGAUCGCUCCGCGGAGGACAAGAUCGGCUGGAGGGCUGCGAAGACGAGGUGGCCGAAGAAGGAAGGCGAGACGGCGAAGGCCUAUACAGCGCGCGCUUGCUGGAGGCCACGAGGGCCCACCGCAAGUGAUUGGGACGCCGGCGGCGCCCCCGGCGGCCCCAGCAGCGUGCCGGAGCGAUUCUGGGCCGCCGCGCUCUGGGCCCAGAAUCCUGGCCGCGGCGCCCGCGGCGGCCCCGGCGGCCCCAGCAGCGUGCCGGAGCGAUUCUGGGCCGCCGCGCUCUGGGCCCAGAAUCCUGGCCGGGGCGCGCGCGGCGCCCCCGGCGGCCCCAGCGGCGUGCCGGAGCGAUUCUGGGCCGCCGCGCUCUGGGCCCAGAAUCCUGGCCGCGGCGCCCGUGGCGGCCGCGGCGGCCCCAGCGGCGUGCCGGAGCGAUUCUGGGCCGCCGCGCUCUGGGCCCAGAAUCCUGGCCGGGGCGGGGGCGCGCCGGUGGCGGCUGCUACCCCUGCGGCUGGCGCUGGCGAGGCGGCCAGCUGGCGGGCCUCGAUCGGCGUCCGCUUCGGCGCGGAGGUCUCGGAGGUCGACUUCGCGAUCCACUUGAUGCAGCUCGUGGAGUACCACCCUGGCAGCCUGGGAUCCUUCUGCAGACAGUUCUCAGCGCACGUGACCACACUUUGCGGGAGCGGCAGACGCGUUCGCGACCUUCUGCCGCUGCCCCUGCCUGAUGUUACGGCUGCCAGGCGCUGGUCGGACAGCAAAAUGAAGGGAUGUGCCCCGCGGAGUCGGCCUGUCGCGCGUCAGGCCAUGGAGGAGGCCUGGCUCUUUGUGGUGGUGGUCGGCCUCAACUACCUGUACUGCGGCCGCUGCAAGGAGGCUUGGAGGCACCACCCGCGUUUGUCGCAGGCGCAGGAACGGUCCCUGGCUUUCUUGCGGGAGCGCGUCAUGAGCUUCGUCGGGGACCCGUUCAACCAGAUCGUCGUCCCCUCCGCGAGCGCGGCCCUGGCUGAGUCGACGGUCGACUACGCGGGUGAGCCGGUUGCGAAGGCGUUGCCCUGCGUACUCGCGGAGCUGGCCCCAGGGCUGCCUCAGGCCGAGCACGCUGCGACGCUGGAGGCGCUGGACUUCGUGGGGCCCGACGUUGCAGAAUGGCUCUCGGCGCCGGAGAAGGCCCUCCUGCCCGAGGCAGACUGGCCCGCCCCCCUGCCGCGGGCGAGGGUCAACGUCGACUCCGAGGCGGGGUUGCGCGAGCUCGCGGUUCACCUCGUUGACCUCGGGAUUUUCACGGUGCUGCCCGAGGAGAGGCUCAUCCGGGUGCGGGGCGAGCUGCUUCUCAACGGCCGCUUCGCAGUCGAGAAGAAGGGUGUGCCAGGCCCUGGGGCCGCCCGCGUCACCAGGCUCAUCUUGAACAUGGUGCCAGGCAACGCUCUGCUCAAGCCGCACGUGGGCGAGGCGUCGGCGCUGGCCAGCUCGACGAGCUGGACCUCCCUUCAACUUCCCGAGGGGAAGCUGCUGCUGUGGUCGGGCGACGACCAGAAGGGCGCCUUCUUCGUCUGGAGGGUGCCCGCGGCCUGGCACCCGUGCAUGGCGGUGGGGAGGCCGCUCCCUGGCGCGCUGUUCGGCCGCCCCGAGCGCCAGGUGUACCUCGCGUCCGCCGUCAUCGCGAUGGGCUGGAUGCUGGCCGUGCCCGUCUACCAGCAUAUCCACCGCAGGCUGUGCCGCCUGCCGCCGCCGUCAGGCGCGGGCUUGCCGCCUGACCUGGAGUGGCGGAAGGACGAGGCCCGCCCCGCCGUCGAGGCAGGCAGCGGGCGCGAUGCCGGCUGGUGGCAGGUCUACAUCGAUGAUUUCGAUGCGCCCGAGAUUGUGGAGAAAGUGCGCGCUCGCCAGAUGAUAGGCACUGAGGCCGACCUGCAGCAGCAUGCAAGAGAAAGCUACCGGCGGGCUGGCGUUGCGUACUCGGCCGAGAAGGCGCACCUGCGCCAGCUGCGGGUCGAGCGCAUGGGCGCGGACAUCGACAGAGAGAGCGGGGGGCUUGCGGCGCCGCGGCAAAAGGUCUUGGCCAUUGCGGCCCUCUGCUUCGCGACGCUGGCGCUGGAGACUGUGCCGCGGCGGGUGUGCAUGACGGCCCUCGGGAAGCUCGUGCGGGCGUUCGAAUUCAGGCGCCCGCUCUUCGGCCUGCUGAACUCCAUCUGGGCGCUCUCAGGCGCGCGCGCAGCUGUGCGCUACAACGCCGAGAUGGUGGAGGAACUGGUCCUCAGCCUCAUGCUGCUGCCUGCGGCUGCCACCUCCCUGCGCAGCCACCUCGACGGCAUGGCCACCGUGUCGGACGCCUCGGAGUUCGGUGGCGGCGUCUGCGCGCCCACGGGCUUGAGGCUCGAGGCUCACACGGCACUCGGGGCAGCUGGUGAAGUUGCAGAUCACCUCGGAGUUGGGGCGCGGCUCCUGAACAUGCCGACGGACCCGCGGCGCCCGUGGACGACGUCGAACCCUCGCAUCCCGGCAUCAGUCGUCGUCAGACUGCUCAACGUGCUUGUGGUGGGCCUGUUCGACGGCAUCGGGGGCCUCGCUGUGGCCUUCUCGCGGCUGCCCGUGCGGAUUGUCGCCUACGUCACGGCCGAGACGGACGCGAAGGCCAGGCGGGUGGUCAGGCUGCGUUGGCUAGGAGCGAUCGUUUGGGGCGACGUCGCGCGCGUUGACGAGCGCUGCGUCGAGGACCUGGUCGCCGCCUUCGGCCAUGUCGUCGACGUCUGCGUCGCGGGCGCUGGCAGUCCAUGCCAGGACCUGUCUCGCCUCAACGCGAGCGGAGGCGGCCUGCGAGGACGCAAAAGCUCGCUGUUCUUCGAAGUCCCGAGGAUCUUCAGCCUCCUGCGGAGGGCCUUCGGCAGGAAGCUUUACUCUCUGCUCGAGAACGUGGCCAGCAUGUCGGAGGCCAACGUCCGUGCGAUCACCGAGCGCACGCAGGCUGUGCCCUACUUGAUCUGCUCGUCGGCCCUCGUUCCGUGCCGAAGGCCGCGGCUCUGCUGGCUCAGCUGGCAGCUGCAGCUCGCGGAGCCGUACAGCAUCGUCGACAGGGGCUUCUGCUUGGAGGUCGUUGCAGAGACGGGCGCGGCGAUUGACUUCGACUGGGAGGACGCCGGCUGGCGCUGGGACGGGCGCCCUGCCUCGUUCCCGACGCUCGCGUGCUGCAGCACGUCCUCCUGGCGGAAAGGGGCUCUAGAGCGGCCCUUCACGGUCGAGGAGCUGGCGCACGUGGGCCAGUGCCGCGAGACCUGGGACCAGUGCGGGACCUUCGAGGACAGCGCGGGCAUCCCGGACACCGAAGAGGCGAGGUUCCUGGUCCUGCACUACCUCAGCCGGGCGGAAAAGGGCGGCUCGGACAUCCGCCUCGACUGCGGCCUGCCCUACCGUGCAAGAGGUUGGCCGAGGUCGAGCCUGGGCCCUUUCGCGCGGCGUUGGCGAGUCGUCCUGAGCAUGGCGUGGCCGCGGGAGAGGCGCGCGCACAUCAACGUGCGCGAGCUGCAGGCGACGCUGGCGGCGCUGCGCUGGAGGGCGCGCAAGUCAGUGCGGCACGGCUCGCGCUGGCUGCACCUCGUGGACAGCCAAGUGGUCGCGGCCAUCGUCACCAAGGGCCGCAGCAGCAGCCGCCGCCUGCAGCCGGCUCUUAAGCGCUGGUUGGCCAUGGCGAUAGCGGCGGACAUGUGCCCUCUGAUCGGCUACGUUAGGCGUGCCCCCCAGGAUAUCGGAGCCCUCGGCGACGACGGAGAGGAUGCCGACAGCCUCGUCGCCAACUUCCUCGAGGCAAAGUGGAGCGAGGGAGCUGGCAUCGCGCUCGCCAACAACAUUGUGGCGGGCGUGAUCUUUGCGGUGCCCAGGCUGCGGCGGCGCCUGGACCUCUCCUGGGCGCUGCUGAAGGCGUGGCGCCGCGCCGAGCCUGCAGGCCGGGCGCUGCCGCUCACGCCCGAGAUUGCGGGGGCCGUGGCUGGCCUGGCAGCGGAGGCGGCGGCGUUCGACGUGGGCGCCUUGCUCCUCAUCGGCUUCGAGGGCAUGUUGCGCGGCGGCGAGGCCUUCGCCCUCCGCGGGCAGGAUGUGAUGGAUCGAGGCGAAGUCAUCGUCCUCCGGAUCAGCACGUCCAAGACGACGGCGGGCAAAGAUGGCGCCGAGGCCGUGGUCAUCCGCUCGCGGGUCGCAAAGGAGAUGCUGCGGCUGGUUGCGCGGCAUCGGCGCGCCGACGAGCCUCUGUCGCGGCGGUCGCCCGCGCAGCUGAGGAGCGCGCUGGCGGCCCUGGCGCGCGGGCUGCCGGCCACGCUCGUCGCGGGCCGCUGGGCGUCAUCGAUGACGGCGCGGCUCUACGUGGAGGGCGCCGUCGCCGACCUGGUGAAGGUGCGGCCCCAGGACCAGGAGAAGCCGGCCAACGUGUUGGCAUCUGGGGCAGGUUGUGGAGAGUUGAUUUUGGAAAGCAUCGCCCAGAUAGUGGAGCAGCACGAGGUCGUGUUGAUCGUAUCUGUAUACAGGAACAGACGUUUUUUGGACUACCUUAGAGUGAUGCAUCCCGACGCGGCCGUCUUCCUGGUGCAGCUUCCAGAUCGGUUGGACCCUGAGCUGACUAAGGCCUACCUUAGUACAUUGAUGGUGCGGCAUGACGAGCUCUCCACCUUCGGGGCGGAUGGUGUGCUGAUGGAGCUGGCGGGUGACCCUGGGGGACUGCACCAAAGGUUAAGUUUGGAGCUGCAAGAGAACGCCGCCAUCCAGCUGCGCGUGCAGGCACAUAGAGGCACAUUGAUCCAUGGACUGCCAUCUGCCAUGCAGAUCAAAGGCAUGGAGGACGAGUUCCGCAGUUUGCUCUGGGAUGCCAUCCCAGAUCUGCUGAUGCCCGAUUUCGCGCCUCUGGACGACCGUCUCCUGGAAUGUGGGAAUCGGGUUGGGGAUUUCCAGCUCGUGCGCCAAUACCCAGAUCACCAGCACGUGUCGAUGGCGGUGAACGGGCAGCAUGAAAACGCAGUGAUCAAAGUGUGCGACAAGCGCAGCGUCACCGAUGUCAAGGAGGUGGAGAGCAUAUACCAGGAAUUCUGGUUAUUGACGCACACCCUCGACCACCCACACAUCAUCCGUUGCUUAGGCAUGUUGCACAGUCAGUGUAGUGUGCAUUUGGUUCUCCAGUAUGGUGGAGACAUGUGCAUGGAGCAGGUGUUGUCGACUCAACCUGGGUACCGCUUGUUCAGGGACGACGCCUUGGAUUGCAGUGCCCAGAUCGCCAGUGCUCUGUCCUACUGCCACGCCCAGGACGUCGUCCAUGGGCAAGUGUCUUUGAGACACGUGGCUGUACAGACAACACUGAAUCGGCACAUCUGCCGCCUUGUGGAUUUCAGCAUGGCAGCCCACGUUCCAUUUUCCAGCGCAAGGGGGACUCUGUGCGGAUCUCUGCCGUGCGUGGCUCCAGAGGCGGCGCUGAACGAGCCGUACUUGCCUAAGCCAGCUGAUUGUUGGAGUCUUGGGGUGCUGUUCCUGGAGACCGCUUGCGGGCAGGGUUCGCUCAAACUGUCGGUCCGGUGGCGCCGUGGCGAGUCCCUCGCAUACGCCGCGCGGCAAGUACUCGAGUUUUUCUCCCAUGCUAGUUGCCACACCGAGGCGAUGACGAAGAUGGGUAACUCAGUCGACGGCGUAACACUGGCGUGCUUGGAGGCGGUGUUGAAGCCCGAACCAGCUCGCAGAACGAGCGCUUCCGACAUGGUAGGGAUGUUAUCUAUUGGGCGCGCCGAGCAGGUCAAUUUUGAUUGA